AUGACAAGCAGAUAUUCUGCUUGUGUGCUGGCUUUACUGCACUUCUGUCGUGCCUCUGACUCAUCUGAAGCACCAGCCCUGCCUGAUGUUGGAGAUCCAAAGUUUAUUGAGGAAUGUGUACAAACCCAUAACAGAUUCCGGUCUGGAGUGAAUCCACCAGCCAGCAACAUGCUCUACAUGAGUUGGGAUCCAGAUUUGGCAAAGACUGCAAAAGCUUGGGCAAAGAAGUGCCUCUUUAAACAUAAUACAUACCUCAAACUUCCGGGGCAGGCUCACCCCAAAUUUACCCCUGUUGGAGAAAACCUCUGGACUGGCUCACUUUCUCUUUUUACUGUGCAAGGAGCCAUCACAUCUUGGUACAACGAGGUUGGUGCCUACAAUUACGCCACCAAUAACUGCAGAAGAGUCUGUGGCCACUACACCCAGGUUGUUUGGGAUACAAGCUACAAAGUUGGCUGUGCUGUCCACUUCUGUCCCAGCGUGGGAUACUCCUCCAUAACCAAUGCAGCACACUUCGUCUGCAACUAUGGACCAGCUGGGAACUACCCAAGGCACCCAUAUGAGCCGGGAACGGCAUGCAGCGGCUGCAGAGGCGAGCAGUGCACCAAGCAGCUGUGUCGAAAUGCAGACCGUGACAAAGUCAUGAGUGAUUCCGGGUGGUAUCCAGACUGGGACAGACCUGGAUGUGAUGAGUACUGCACCAGCACUAUCAUUUUAAGGCUGUUAUUCCUUAUACUGACAAUUCUGGCCACCUGGCUCCUACCAAAACACUGGUCUGUAGCACCUGCCACUGAGUGA